UGACGCAAGAGACCAAAACAAAAAAUAUUUUUUUCAAGAUGAUAGACGAAGAUGGGUGGUAUUAUCAAUGAAAAAUACUCGUUUGAAGGGCAUCUUUUGGCUAGAAAGGACCCUUCAGUAGUUUGUUACAGAUUUAGUUAUCUUUCGACAUGUCUAGCGAACAAACUCGGCGAAAUACUCGUGGAGUUUCAACUAUAACAGUUCGCCCUCAGCCUGUGAGGUAAAAGCAUAAAACGCUCAUCCAUCGUCAAAUAAUGGCUUUUUCCUGUUAUUCAAACAUCCACAAUGAAAGAGGGUAUCAUUUAUAGUUUCUAAAGUAUAUAUGAGGUGUUUUUAUAAUACUUUUCUCUUCAUUUUUAGUGACAAGUCCUAUGUAGAAAGUGUCGUUGAUUUUCUUCAUGAAGUUGUACCACAGGUGUGAAUAUUUUGUUGGUUUUUGAGGUCACGGCAAUCAAUGCAUAUUUACAUAGGACUGGAAAGCUAAAUCACUGGACAUUGUUAUGUCUAUAAAUUAAUUUUCAGUUUAAAAUUUCUACUUUAUUGAACUUUGCUGCACAAUAUAUAAAGAAAAUAUAAAGCAUAUAUUAUUGAUAUAAUUGGCAACUAAAGGUUGACUAAAUAUAUUGUAUACUGUACAUAACCAUUUUAUUCAUGUUUUGUACUAUGUAUGUAAUGAGCAAUUGUUUGAUACAUGACACGUCUUGUUAACCUGUCGGGGUUAAUGGUUAAAACCUAUUGGUGGUGCACAAUCAGUCAUCUAUAGGUACUGCUUGUGACCAAAGGAUUAUUGCCCCUCCCCUAAAAGCAAGGAAAAUAACCUUUCCAAUUUAUUUUGAUUGUCCUCAGGCAGUCGCUGGUAACCACAAAGCAGAAGAAUAUGAUCACAUUAUUUGGGUCAAGUUGGAAAAACUUGAUAUAGGUAAUAAAUUAUUUUAUUUGAUUUUGAUAGUCUAAAUGAAAUAACAAUGUAUUAAGCCUCAUUAAUUAAGCACAUUGCAGCUUAUUGGGUUAAUUAACGAGGGACAGAUUGUCUGUUUAAUCAAUUACAUCCACAGUCUCCACUUGAUGGGUAAAAUUAUUAAAUUACAUUAGACAGAAUAAAAUAAUAAAUAUAUUGCUGCUUAAUGAGUUGAUUUAUCAUACCUCUAUAUUUUAUUUUUCAGAUAUUGGGACAAGUCAAAAUGAACCGAGCAGUUUGCUGUUUCUCGUUCUUGGCUACAGCAAUGGCUAUCAAAUUUGGCAUGUCAAGGUAGAAUAGCCAUUAAAUUCUACAUUAAUUUUAUAGCAUGGUCAUAUUCUCUUCAAACAUGAUGUACCAAAAUUCUAAACUGCAGCUGUGGAAAUUAGGGAGCCGUAGAGCAAUGUUACUUCCCUAGCCUUGUGGGAUAACUCCACAUUCAAAAUGCAUGCUUUAAAAUGUAGUUGGAUUAAAAAUUCUGGGGUUACAAGCACCCAUCUUGGUUUAGGCCGGCGAACGACGAAUUUUGCCACCGCUAAGAAGACAUUUGACAGCCAUUCGCCAGAGGCUGUGUGUAAUUCGCCGGUACUUGCAGACAUGACAAGCUGAAAUUUUUGGCCCGGUCUUGCACUCGGACAAUACACCAAAUAGACAAAGCUUGCAAGCCUUUGCCCACCACUCAACUCACAGCGCCCUUGAAGCUUCGACCUUCCAUUCUUUGCAUAGUUGCGUCGCUCAUCAGUUAAUAGCCAGAGCCUCAGUAGAGCAAAACAGUAUUGGCCAUAACCAAAUUAUUAUUAGCCAGGACUUCAAACGGAUACCUGAAGGACUGGUUACAAGCCAACUAAAAAAACUUGUUAUUGUAGUUGAAUGGUGAGGCAGAAGAAGUGGUUUCAGUACGCCAGGGUCCUGUGAAAGUCGUCAGAGUCUUGCAAACACCUCUUCAUGGUAUGUGAAAAAAUUCUUGACUGGAAAAUGCAUUAACCUCAUUAUAUUUAUGCAAUUGGCAUAAUUUUAAAAAAAUAAUUCAUUUUCCCACUUUAAGGUGACCAUGAGUGUGAUGUCUUUCAUGAUAAGAGGCCAUUAGUGAGUGUCUGUGAUGCUGCCAGGUAAAACAAUUCUGAAGAUUGCCUUGCCCUUCUAAGGGUCUUUGCGCUAGCGACUGCAUGGUACUAUGACCAGAAAAUAUUAGGGCAUGUCAGUCAGUGAUUAUAUCUGAGUGCUGUACCACUUGGGCAUCCGGGGGCAUGUCCCAUUAUAUUGGAAAUCCCAUUCCAUCCAUUUGGAGAUGCAAAUCUUGGGAGGGGGGGUUAAUGAUGAGAUAGAGUGCAUGCCUAGUUUGGGCAUGCUACCCUAGUGUGGUGCAUCUCAGCCCAUGAUCCAAUACAGAAUUCAUCCAUGCAGAGAGACUUAAGUUUCAAAUUUAUAUCAUGAUUAUAUAACCUGAAAUUGCUUCCCAUGUCAUUUGAAUUUGAUGUAGCUCUCCUUGUCCAUAUUCCACCAUCAAAUUCUGGUCUCUGAGUACUGGAGAUGAAGUGAAAGCAAUUGAUUUCAAAACAGAAGUCUAUGGCAUUCAAUCAAACAAAAGGUAAUACAAAUUGCAUUUCCUUGUGUCAGAUUUUUAAUUGGUUGUAUACUUACAAAAGACUAAUAAUAUAGUUAUAUACUGAGUUAUAUCUACCAAGUUGCAUUUUAUCACAUUUAGAGUUGUUGUAGUCUGUCUGCAAGAAAAGAUAGCUGUCUUAGAUGCAUUUACUUUGUCCAAAAGGUUUGGCAUUACAAGUAAGUUUGACUCAGUUAAAUACUGAAGAUUAUGUUUAAUUAUUUUAAUAAUGAUAAUAAUUAUGUUACUCUCCAAGUGUGCACCCUGGGAAAUAGUUCUUUGUACCAAUUGCAAAAUAUUAAUUUUGCAUACUGGGUAAAUUCUAAGUUUUGAGGUGUUAAACACUGAGUCAGUUUCCUAAAAAAAUUCUUACAAAUCCUUCAGAACUUACCUAUGCAAAAUUUCUACUGUGAUCACAGAAACUUUGAUAUAGUGUAACGCAGGUUUUACAUCAUUAAUGACCAUAUGAAUUCUGUGCAUCUGUGUUUCCAGAUUGUUUCCCAGCUCCUGAACCAAAUGUAAAUCCUGUAUCUCUCAGUUCACGCUGGCUAGCAUUUGCUGACCGCAAGGUAAGGUGCAGAGGUUGCUUAAACAGUUAGAUACAAAUUUGGCUAUUCUGUACCAUAGGUAUUGUUAGUCACGCUGAAUUACAACUGCUAAAUUUUUCACCAGAAAUUGUAAUUGUUGUUUGUGUUACAAUUUAGUUGUUACCAAUCCACCAAUCAAGAGGCGGUGUUUCAGCUGAUAAACUACAUUCUUAUACAUCUGCUGUUUUUAAUGCUGCAAAAGUGAGUUGAACGAUGCUGCGACACGAUUCGGCCUGAACGCCAUAAUUGAAAUUUUAUUUUACUUAUUUUUAACAAUCUUUCAUUCGUAUUUUUUCUCAUAAUAUUCUUAUUCGUAUUUUUUCUCAUAAUAGACACUUUCGAAAGGAUUGUCAAUUGUUGGUAAGUAUCACGAUAUACCUACUGGUUCCGUAAUGUGUUCCAUUUUAUACAACGGUUUCUUGAAAUUUAUAUUUCAACAGGAGAAACAGUUGGUCGUUGGGCUGGCUCUAACGCGUCUGAAAACCAAGUAGAACAAGCUGCUUCCAAUACAGUAAGUGCUGGACAAGAGAAAAAUGUGCAAACAUUGUUUCUAAUAAUUGUGUAAUUGGAACAUUUAAGAAAGAACUUUUAUUAUAUAGACUACGCACAAGUCUACCGCGCCUGGAGUCGUGACGAUCAUCGAUAUUGAAGGUCGUGAUGAAAACGAGGCAAGUUUGGCUUCAUUAAAACUACUGAGAAGCUGUCAAAAUUCAUGGCCAACGGCGACAAUUUCAGAAAAUAUAAAAAGAAGCACUGAAAUUUCAAAGAAUAAUGCCUGAACUUGAAAUUCAAGAUUUUGAAACAAGACGAGCUUUUUUAAUUGGACAUUUUAGACUUUAUUUCAAAGUCAUCAUCAGUCAGAAUGAAGUAGCCUAUAAUUCUACUUAAAGCAUAUAUACUGUAGAAUAGUUAUUUGGUCUAAGUCUUUACCAGGUUUGUAACGUAUUUUAUUGAAUGUGUUUAAUUUAGAAGGAUGAUCAACUACGAGAAAGAGCCAUAGCACAUUUUCCCGCUCAUACAGGACAGCCCAUUGCUGCCUUGGCUUUUGACUCAAGGUAAACCCUCGUACAACCGUAAACUUAAUAAUGUCAAUGUUUUGGCACGUGUCAGAACUAAGUGUUAUAGGGUGGAAGAUUGUGGUCAACUUCGGAACAUGGCUGUCACAGAGUCAACUAGGGAGCCAUGGAGUGAUGCCAAUACCUCCAUACUUUAAAGAGGCUAACUCUAAAUUCAAAAUGGGUACUUGAAAACUUAGCCGAAUUAAUAUAAGAAUAUGUUUGCGAUGUUACUCUGAGUGCAUAUCCACAACGGGCGAGCUUGAAAAAUAUGCUCGGCCACGGUGGGAUUCGAACCUACGAAAAAAGAAAAAAAAAUAAAAAAAAAAAUAAUAAUAUAAGAAUGUUGAAGUUACAGGCCCACUCCAAAAAUCAUGUGAAGGCACUGGAGCUUGAUCUUUCUAUUGCAUUUAAGACUACUGUCUGCUUCAUAGAAAUGUUGACACAUCUUUCUAUUGCAAUCAAGACUACUGUCUGCUUUAUAGAAAUGUUGACACAUCUUUCUAUUGCAAUCAAGACUACUGUCUGCUUCAUAGAAAUGUUGACACAUCUUUCUAUUGCAGUCAAGACUACUGUCUGCUUCAUAGAAAUGUUGACACAUCUUUCUAUUGCAAUCAAGACUACUGUCUGCUUUAUAGAAAUGUUGACACAUCUUUCUAUUGCAAUCAAGACUACUGUCUGCUUCAUAGAAAUGUUGACACAUCUUUCUAUUGCAAUCAAGACUACUGUCUGCUUCAUAGAAAUGUUGACACAUCUUUCUAUUGCAAUCAAGACUACUGUCUGCUUCAUAGAAAUGUUGACACAUCUUUCUAUUGCAAUCAAGACUACUGUCUGCUUCAUAGAAAUGUUGACACAUCUUUCUAUUGCAAUCAAGACUACUGUCUGCUUCAUAGAAAUGUUGACACAUCUUUCUAUUGCAAUCAAGACUACUGUCUGCUUUAUAGAAAUGUUGACACAUCUU